AGAGGGCAGAUCGUAGGAACACCACCCAAUUGUUUCACUCCGAAAGAGUCCAGCAUCGCCGAAGCUGGGCUAGAGGAUGGCAAACACCUAUGUCGCUGCGUCUGAUGGCUACCAUCUUGCUGACCCCACACAGUAUUCCGAUUUUUUGCCAGAACAAAUCCAUUAUGAGCUGUGUGAUUUCCAAGAAGCCCCCUGUUGCCAGUAUUCUGGCCCUCAGUUCCCUCCGGCUUUACAGUCCCCGUCUUUACAAAGCCAUUUCAACACACGCGGCUUGGAUCCACAGUACAGCGGAGGCGGCUGGUGUGUACUCGAUGCUCAUGGAUCAAGUCAGUCUGCUUAUGUUCGUGAUGAUGAGGACGGAUUCCCUGGGAUGCCAAGGUCCAGAUCAACCUUUUCUUUACCCUGGAAGGGACGAGAUGAGCUCUGCAUGGUCUGUGGUGAUAAGGCGUCAGGGUAUCACUACAAUGCACUUACCUGUGAGGGCUGCAAAGGUUUCUUCCGACGUAGUAUUACCAAAAAUGCGGUGUACUGUUGCAAGAAUGGCGGCCACUGUGAAAUGGACAUGUACAUGCGUAGAAAAUGCCAAGAGUGCAGACUGAAAAAGUGUAAGGCGGUGGGGAUGCUGGCAGAAUGUUUGCUCACGGAGAUUCAGCGUAAGUCGAAGAGACUUCGCAAGAAGGUCAAGAACAAGGCUGCCCUUUACUCUGACAUCCAAUGGGAAGAGGAAGGAGCAGACAGCCGGCUUGUAUCGUCCACCAGUACACCUGGAAAGGGGGUUCAGGGCAGCAUGACACUAACUCAAGAGGAACUCCAUCUCAUGAAUACCAUAGUGACUGCUCAUCAAGAGUCCAUGAUUCCCUUACGGGAAAUAAGUACGCUUGUGCAGGAGUGUUCCAACCCUGAGCUGAGCUUUUUGAGACUCGCAGAAGCAGCAGCCCUGCACACACAGGGGCUGAUGAAUUUUACCAGGGGACUCCCAGGGUUUGAAAACCUACCCAGUGAGGAUCAGAUCGUAUUGCAGAAGGAGUCGGAAACUGAAGUGGUGUUCUUGCAUGCAGCCCAGCUCUGCAGUGUGAGAGACCCACCCUCUGCAAGUACUGUGAGACCACCAAAGCCCUCAGCUCAUACACUGGAGGUGCAUAAUCAAAGGGGUGAUGAAAAUGUUUGUUCUUUGGAAAGCUUUUUCAAGGAAGGCUCCCCUUCUGCUACUCUAACUGGUAUUACUAAAGAAUUUAUUGCCUCAUUGUCUUACUUCUACAGAAGAAUGAAUGAUCUUAAUGUAACGGAUACCGAAUAUGCUCUGCUUACGGCAACAACAGUGCUUUUUUCAGAUCGUUCAUGCCUUAAAAAUAAGCAGCACGUAGAGAGCCUACAGGAACCAGUUCUACAACUUUUGUUUAAGUGUUCAAAAGCGUACCAUCCAGAAGAGCCGCAGCAUUUCGCUCACCUUAUAGGGAGGCUUACUGAGCUGAGAACUCUGAGUCACAGCCACUCGGAAAUCCUUCCGUGGAAAACAAAGGACCCCAGAUUGGUUAUGUUCUUCUCUGAGAAAUGGAAUUUGCACUCACUUUAUUAAAAACUUACAGUAUUGAGGCUUCUCUUAAAAUUUCAAAACCAAAAUUGGAUGACUGAUUUGAAAAAUGUGAAAAAGAAUCAUUGUAUCGUCAUACAAAACCAUAAGCUGGAGAUCUGAAGGGCUCAUCAGAUUUGUGAAAUUCUGGACUCAGCAGAUGAACACCCUAGGAUUCUUUUCACGAUUGGAUGCAAAAGAAACAAUGGAGCCAUGAGGUAGCACAAUCCCUGUACUUGGGAGAUGGAGGCUAGAGGAUCCCACGUUUAAGGCAAUACAGGGCUGUGUAGAACUCAUCUCAGAAGAAGAAGAAGAAGAAAAAGAAAAAAAAAAGAACUGAUGGUCAUGGUCAACUAAUUUUUUUUUUUUUUUAUUUAGCUGAAAAUAUAUAGCCUAUAAAUGUGAACAAAGUUAGUUAUAAUUAGGUGAGGCAGUUUGGAUGCCUCUCGGA